AUGUUUACAGCGGCGGCCCGUCGUGGCACAAUGCCACAUUCACAACAUUUGAGAACAAUGUCAGCACAUCAAAGCAAAAAUUCGAUCACAUUCGAAAGUAUCGUUUGUUCGCAAAUCGAAUUACAACGACGAGCAACAUCGUUCUCACAUCGACGAAAUACACUAUGUCGACCAUCGUCUCUAUAUCCAUUAUCAAAUCGAACGUCAUUAUUAGCACCGAAUUCAUAUUAUUCAUCGUAUUCGAGUACGCGAACGAUAUCAUCGAUGCCGUCGGACAUGACUUUACAAUUUUCGAAUGCAAGUAAAUAUAGUCGGACAUCGUCGACAAGAGUGGAGAGUGUUGCAGAUAGACAAUCGCUGUUUUCCAUGUUUUAUUGGGAUUUGAAUAGGAGAUCAUCGUCAAGUAAAAAGACUGAAAGACGAUGGAGUUUGGAUUAUCAGAAAGAAACUCCGCUUUAUUGGAGUUUACGUUCACGUUUAAUGGAAGAAUAUGCGGAAUCAGAAUCUCUACUUGAAUUUGUCAAGAAAACUGUUUUAGUAUUGAUGAAAACAAAAGAAGCAACAAUUUUUCUUUGUCUUUUUCUUAUUCUCCCAAUAAUUAUGCUCGGAACCGGUGUCAGUCAUCUAAGCGAUUGUCCACGUCAAAGUAAAUUACCCAUCUAUCUCUUCGUUGCCGGAGCUGUUUGGAUCACGAAACUUCUUCAGAAUAUCUGGCAUAAGUACCGAUUACAACAGAAAAGUUUAACCGAAGAAGAAGAAGAAUCCUCAUCUGAUCCGAAUGACGGACAAGUUUUUAUCGAUGUUUUGAUGACAUCUUUUCUGAUCAUUUGGUUCUUUUGUGGACAAUAUUGGCUCAUCACACUUGGAUAUCCUCCACAUUUCGAACAAGCUUUACAUAAUCCAGAUAUUUGGUGUCAUAAAACAGUUGUUUAUUGUUCAUUUGCAUCGAUUGUGAUCACCUAUUUUCUAGUCAUUGUUUUUCUAACUAUUGUUUUAUUUCUCGUAUGUUUUACUCGAUAUACGAUCACUAAACGAGCAUCGAAUCAAUAA